ACGCCUCCAGUUCUUUCACUUCUCCAGACGCUGCAGAAAUCCUGCUCGACUUGUAAGAGUUGCCAGAAAACCUCAAGACGCACCGCGGGCUCGACGCGCUCUGGCGCCAUCCUUCCUCCAGCUGCGGGAUCAGCCACUCUGCGCCGCGCACAGCUCUGCGCUCUUUGGCUGCCGGAGGUGUCAGUCAGGAGAGAAGGGGGGGAAACUGUUUUAGGGGAAGAAUCUGGGAAGUAUUUCUAUUGGUAGGCGGGCUGCGCGUGAAGAGAACAAUCGGGUCGACUUUGUCAGGGAGCCACCUCGACGCGUAUCGGGUUGCCUUGAGUGACAGCGUAACCAUGGCAAAUAAUUUGACUAAGGCUAUUGUCUUAUCCUCGCCAUCCACGGGUCAGAUAACCGACCAAUCAGAGUUCAUAUGAUCGCUUGUCUUGCCAGCUUAGAAUAAUAUUAUUAAAACGAGCCAGCAAGCCUGGUCUGCGGGAGUAGUUUAUGUUGAAACGCCAUAUAGGAGGACGCUGAAGGAGAAGCAACUUUCUCUCUUUCGCAGCAACUUUAUGAGGAAUUGUCGCCUGGGGUUUUGCAUGGCUGCAGAGGCUUGAGCGCCUUCCGUUGCGCGCAGUUGGAUAUUUCCAAAGGGGUCAGCCUGCUCUUUUGGGGACUUUUUCCCACUCUUAUGGACUUCAUGUGCCUUGACUUAAGAGGACAGACGUGGGAGUGAGGCACGAUCUAAUCUGUCUUGGUUUACGUUGUCGCCAUGUCAAUGCUUCCGACCUUUGGUUUUACGCAGGAGCAAGUGGCGUGUGUCUGCGAAGUCCUCCAACAAGGGGGCAACAUCGAGCGGCUGGGACGCUUCCUCUGGUCCCUCCCGGCGUGCGAGCACCUCCACAAAAACGAGAGCGUCCUCAAGGCGAAAGCCGUGGUCGCCUUCCACCGGGGCAACUUCCGAGAGCUGUACAAGAUCCUGGAGAGCCACCAGUUCUCCCCGCACAACCACCCGAAGCUGCAGCAGCUGUGGCUGAAAGCGCACUACAUCGAGGCGGAGAAGCUGAGGGGCCGCCCGCUGGGCGCCGUCGGGAAGUACCGCGUCCGGAGAAAGUUCCCCCUGCCCCGCUCCAUCUGGGACGGAGAGGAGACCAGCUACUGCUUCAAGGAGAAGAGCAGGAGCGUCCUGCGGGAGUGGUACACCCACAACCCCUAUCCGUCCCCGCGGGAGAAACGAGAGCUGGCCGAGGCCACGGGACUCACGACCACGCAGGUCAGCAACUGGUUCAAAAACCGACGGCAGCGGGAUCGAGCCGCCGAGGCGAAGGAAAGAGAAAACAACGAAAACUCCAACAGCAACAGUCACAACCCUCUGACUUCUUCUAUGAAUGGAAAUAAAACUCUUUUGGGGAGCUCGGAUGACGAGAAAACCCCCUCCGGGACUCCGGAUCACACGUCCCAGAGCCCCGCUCUGCUCCUGGGCUCCACCGCCGGUUUACCGUCCUUACACGGCCUCGCGCCUCCGCCGGGACCCAGCGCCAUCCCGGUGCCCGGCGGCGCAGACUCGGUGCACCACCACCACUCUUUGCACCACGAAACCAUACUGAACCCUAUGUCUUCAAAUCUAGUGGACCUCGGCUCUUAAAAUAUCAUAUAAAUGACUAAAACAAGGACAAAAAAGCAUUUUUUUUUCUUUUUUAAACGGGAGUAAUUUACGAGGUGGCGUGCGUGCGUAAAGCUGCGCGGCAGAGACUGGAACACGACAAGAACAGCCACCGUAACAAAUCAUUUAGUCUCAUAUUCAACCUUUAAAACUGUUUUCCAAAACAAAUAUCCGCCACAUCCUCCUGACAGAAGGAUUUUUCUUCUAUAUGAACAAAUAAUCUCAGUUUGAAUCCAUAAAAUCCUCAAAAAAGAAACACAGAAAACUCUGAAUGUAAUAACAUGAUAUAUUGUUUAAAACAAUAAAGUGUCUUACUGCUUCUUAUCUAUUGUGACUGUAGGAGUGAGCAGAAAGGCCGCGAGACUUGUAGCUCCACCUUUAUGUUUACACGGAUAUUUUUUUCUUUUUCAAGAGAGCCAUUCAUUUUUGUUUUUCAUUUAUCAUUUUGUUGCAAAGGAUGUUGGGAUUUCCGGGAUGACAUUGAGGGUCUUUUUUUCUUUCUUCCUUUUUUUUGACAUUUUCAAGAGUCUCGCGAGAGCCUUGAAGAAGUGAAGAACAUUAUCUUCUCCUGAUUAUUAUUAUUAUGAUUAAUAUUAUUAUUAUUCGUAUGUACAUUUUUUUCCUUUGGAAAGAGACGGCAUGUAAGUCUCAUAAAAACCAUAAAGCGACUCAUAUAGUUUGAUAUAACUUUACAAUAAAAGAACCAAAAUAUGUGAAUUCAUAUGGAUGAUUUUUUUAUUUAUUUAUUUGCACUUUUGCUGUAUUUUUAUGACUUUUUUGUGACUUUUUGGGGGAUAAAUUUACUUUUUCGUACACAUUUUUGUGUGUGUGUGUGUGAGACAGUGUGUGAUUGUGUCAUUGAAACUACUUUUUAAAAUAACUUUUUAAAGCGGAAAAUAUUCAAACUUGUCAUAAAAUUUGUGUUGGAAUUUGUUUAAAAUUAUAUUUAAGAGGAAAACAUUUUUUUUUUUUAAACACAAACAUGUUUUUUUAAUCUAAAGACUGUAAACGAAUAUGCGCAAACAACAUUUUUUGUGUUUAUUUGCGCUAAUCUAACAGAUGAUGGCCUUGGGUUAAAGCUCUUUUCGGUAAUUAUGGCGCGUGUUAAAAUGAAGAGAGAAGAAAAGCGUCACUUAUGCGGCACUUUGUAAAAACAACACACGUCAAGAGGCUGGGUGAAACCUGUGGCAUGUGGCCAUUAGCGCAGGCUGCGCUUCAGCCGCACUGUUCCGGGCGGGGGGAGCCUUGAUGUUGGAGUGAUGACACCUUAUCUUUCCGCGCUCGGUUGAGGAGAACAAAACUGGCUGCUUGGUUUUGUCGGGAGGAAAACAGAACUGGAAACGGGCGCUGAAAGAGGACACUUUGUUUGAACAGGUCCGGCACCUUCAGCGCCGCUCGGAACAGAGCAGCUUCUUAAAAUGAUUGUUGUCUUUUCAGUGAAUAGAUUAUUGACAAAAAUGCAUUUUUUAAAAUUGUUUAUCCACUUUUCAUUCGUUGCUGGAGCUGCGCGUAAACUGUGUUCUUGUGCGUAACGGAGGAUCCUCUCCGCGUCGUUCACCAAAGCCAACGCAGCGCAAUUAACACGAUUUUCUGAACAUGUGGAUUUGUUCAAAACAAGCUCGUAACGGCGAGGAGACAGAACACCAAAUAUUUGGCCUCAAACCAAACCAACCCAGCAACCCUCCAUUUGAGCUUUUUCUCUCCAGAUAUGUUGAAGGAGGAACUGGCACGCCGCGCGCGCCCAAAGGAGAGGCAAUUAAACUGAAGAAAAAGUACAGAAGAAAGAAAAAAAAAUAAAAAA